AUGGAAGACAUAUUUGAAGACGAGAUUGCCAUAAAUCAACCUGUUGUUAAACUCUUUAAAAGCCAUUCGAGGAAAAGGAUAUCAGAGUAUGGGCUACUGCUAAAUAUAUAG